CCAUGUGGAUUUGGUCGUCCCCGUGAUCGCGAGCUGCUGGCAGCGAGAGGGGCAGCGCGCCGGCCUCGGCAGCCGGCGGCCGAAGCGGCCGGACCGGGGACGGAAGGACAGACCGACGUCUCCGAGCUGGAACCAUGUAAGGGCCGAGCCAGGAAGGCGGAGUACGCGAGCGCUCAGAGGCUCUGUCUCCUGGUCCCCGCCCGGCUCAGAAUGGAACAGAGGAGGCCCUGGCCACGGGCUGCAGAGGUGGACGGCUGGCCUGUGGUCCUGCUCUCCGCCAUCUGCGUGCUGCUGGCACCCCCGGCGGCCGGCAUGCCCCAGUUCAGCACCUUCCACUCCGAGAACCGGGACUGGACCUUCAACCAUUUGACGGUGCACCGCGGGACGGGGGCAGUGUACGUGGGGGCCAUCAACCGCGUGUACAAGCUGACGGGCAACCUGACCGUCCAGGUGGCUCACAAGACGGGGCCGGAGGAGGACAACAAGUCCUGCUACCCGCCGCUCAUCGUUCAGCCCUGCAGCGAGGUGCUCACGGUCACCAACAACGUCAACAAGCUGCUCAUCAUCGACUACUCCGAGAACCGGCUGCUGGCCUGCGGCAGCCUCUACCAAGGGGUCUGCAAGCUGCUGCGGCUGGACGACCUCUUCAUCCUGGUGGAGCCGUCCCACAAGAAGGAGCACUACCUGUCCAGCGUCAACAAGACGGGGACGAUGUACGGGGUGAUCGUGCGCUCCGAGGGCGAGGACGGCAAGCUCUUCAUCGGCACUGCCGUGGACGGCAAGCAGGACUACUUUCCCACGCUGUCCAGCCGCAAGCUGCCCCGCGACCCCGAGUCCUCCGCCAUGCUCGACUACGAGCUCCACAGCGACUUCGUCUCCUCACUCAUCAAGAUCCCUUCCGACACCCUGGCCCUGGUCGCCCACUUUGACAUCUUCUACAUCUACGGCUUUGCCAGCGGGGGCUUCGUCUACUUCCUCACCGUCCAGCCUGAGACCCCCGAGGGCGUGGCCAUCAACUCGGCCGGAGACCUCUUCUACACCUCGCGCAUCGUGAGGCUCUGCAAGGACGACCCCAAGUUCCACUCCUACGUGUCCCUGCCCUUCGGCUGCACGCGGGCCGGGGUCGAAUAUCGCCUCCUGCAGGCUGCUUACCUCGCCAAGCCCGGGGACUCGCUGGCCCAGGCCUUCAACAUCAGCAGCCAGGAUGACGUGCUCUUCGCCAUCUUCUCCAAAGGGCAGAAGCAGUAUCACCACCCGCCGGAUGACUCCGCCCUCUGUGCCUUCCCCAUCCGGGCCAUCAACUUGCAGAUCAAAGAGCGCUUGCAGUCCUGCUACCAGGGCGAGGGCAACCUGGAGCUCAACUGGCUGCUGGGGAAGGACGUGCAGUGCACCAAGGCGCCGGUGCCCAUCGAUGACAACUUCUGUGGACUGGACAUCAACCAGCCGCUUGGAGGCUCAAUUCCAGUAGAGGGCCUGACCCUGUACACCACCAGCCGGGACCGCAUGACCUCGGUGGCGUCCUACGUUUACAAUGGCUACAGCGUGGUGUUUGUGGGCACAAAGAGCGGCAAGCUGAAAAAGAUUCGAGCCGAUGGUCCCCCCCAUGGUGGGGUCCAAUAUGAGAUGGUCUCCGUGCUCAAAGAUGGGAGCCCCAUCCUCCGGGACAUGGCCUUCUCCAUUGAUCAGCGCUACCUAUACAUUAUGUCUGAGAGACAAAUCACCAGGGUCCCUGUGGAAUCCUGUGAACAGUACACGACUUGUGGGGAGUGCCUGAGCUCGGGGGACCCUCACUGCGGCUGGUGUGCCCUGCACAACAUGUGCUCCCGCAGGGACAAGUGCCAGCGGGCCUGGGAACCUAAUCGAUUUGCUGCCAGCAUCAGCCAGUGCAUGAGCCUCGAGGUGCAUCCCAGCAGCAUCUCAGUGUCUGAGCACAGCCGGCUGCUCAGCCUGCUUGUGAGGGAUGCUCCCGACCUGUCUGCGGGCAUCUCCUGUGCCUUUGGGAACCUGACAGAGGUAGAGGGACAGGUAUCUGGGAGCCAGGUCAUCUGCAUCUCACCAGGGCCCAAGGUUGUGCCUGUCAUCCCUCUGGAUCAAGACUGGUUUGGGCUAGAGCUACAGCUGAGAUCCAAGGAGACAGGAAAGAUAUUCGUCGGCACCGAGUUCAAGUUCUACAACUGCAGCGCCCACCAACUGUGCCUGUCUUGUGUCAACAGCGCCUUCCGCUGCCAUUGGUGCAAAUACCGAAACCUCUGUACUCAUGACCCCACCACCUGCUCCUUCCAGGAGGGCCGGAUCAACAUUUCAGAGGACUGUCCCCAGCUGGUGCCCACGGAGGAGAUCCUGAUACCCGUCGGGGAAGUAAAACCAAUCACUCUCAAGGCUCGAAACCUGCCCCAGCCUCAGUCCGGCCAGCGAGGCUAUGAGUGUGUCCUCAACAUACAGGGGGCCGUCCACCGGGUGCCCGCCCUGCGCUUCAACAGCUCCAGUGUCCAGUGCCAGAACAGCUCGUACCAGUACGACGGGAUGGACAUCAGCAACCUGGCCGUGGACUUUGCCGUGGUGUGGAAUGGCAAUUUCAUCAUCGACAACCCUCAGGACCUGAAAGUCCACCUCUACAAGUGUGCAGCCCAGCGGGAGAGCUGUGGCCUCUGCCUCAAGGCCGACCGGAAGUUCGAGUGUGGCUGGUGCAGCGGUGAGCGCAGGUGCACCCUCCAGCAGCACUGUAGCAGCCCCUCCAGCCCCUGGCUUGACUGGUCCAGCCACAAUGUUAAGUGCUCCAACCCCCAAAUCACCGAGAUUUUGACGGUGUCUGGACCCCCUGAAGGAGGGACCCGAGUGACCAUCCAUGGCGUGAACCUGGGCCUGGACUUCUCCGAGAUCGCCCACCACGUGCAGGUGGCUGGGGUGCCCUGCACACCCCUGCCGGGGGAUUACAUCAUCGCUGAGCAGAUCGUUUGUGAGAUGGGCCAUGCCCUUGUGGGGACCACCUCUGGGCCCGUGCGCCUGUGCAUUGGAGAGUGUAAGCCAGAGUUCAUGACCAAAUCCCAUCAACAGUACACAUUUGUGAACCCUUCCGUGUUGUCACUCAACCCCAUCCGAGGGCCAGAGUCCGGAGGCACCAUGGUGACCAUCACGGGCCAUUACCUCGGGGCUGGGAGCAGCGUGGCCGUUUACCUGGGCAACCAGACCUGCGAGUUCUAUGGGCGAUCAAUGAAUGAGAUCGUGUGUGUCUCACCCCCGUCGUCCAAUGGGCUAGGGCCCGUCCCUGUCUCUGUGAGUGUCGACCGAGCCCGUGUGGACAACAACCUGCAGUUCGAGUACAUAGAUGACCCCCGGGUGCAGCGCAUUGAGCCUGAGUGGAGUAUCGCCAGUGGCCACACACCCCUGACUAUCACAGGCUUCAACCUGGAUGUCAUUCAGGAGCCAAGGAUCCGAGUCAAGUUUAAUGGCAAAGAAUCUGUCAAUGUGUGCAAAGUUGUGAACACCACCACCCUGACCUGCCUGGCACCCUCUCUGACCACGGACUACCGGCCCGGCCUGGACACCGUGGAACGGCCGGACGAGUUUGGAUUCGUCUUUAACAAUGUCCAGUCCUUGCUGAUUUACAACGACACCAAGUUCAUCUACUACCCCAACCCGACCUUUGAACUGCUCAGCCCCACUGGGGUCUUGGAUCAAAAGCCGGGAUCCCCCAUCAUUCUGAAGGGCAAAAACCUCUGCCCUCCUGCUUCUGGAGGUGCCAAACUCAACUACACCGUGCUGAUUGGAGAGACCCCAUGCGCUGUCACUGUGUCCGAGACGCAACUGCUCUGUGAGCCUCCCAACCUCACUGGGCAGCACAAGGUCAUGGUCCACGUGGGUGGCAUGGUAUUCUCGCCUGGCUCGGUGAGUGUCAUCUCAGACAGCUUGCUGACCCUGCCAGCCAUCGUCAGCAUCGCGGCGGGCGGCAGCCUCCUGCUCAUCAUCGUCAUCAUUGUGCUCAUCGCCUACAAGCGCAAGUCUCGAGAAAAUGACCUCACUCUCAAGCGGCUCCAAAUGCAGAUGGACAACCUGGAGUCCCGUGUGGCCCUGGAGUGUAAGGAAGCUUUUGCCGAGCUCCAGACAGACAUCAACGAGCUGACCAGUGACCUGGACCGCUCAGGAAUCCCCUACCUGGACUAUCGGACCUAUGCUAUGCGAGUCCUGUUCCCUGGCAUUGAGGACCAUCCCGUCCUGCGUGAGCUGGAGGUGCAGGGCAAUGGGCAGCAGCACGUGGAGAAGGCCCUGAAGCUCUUUGCCCAGCUCAUCAACAACAAGGUGUUCCUGCUGACCUUCAUCCGCACCCUGGAGCUGCAGCGCAGCUUCUCCAUGCGGGACCGCGGCAACGUGGCCUCGCUCAUCAUGACCGGCCUGCAGGGCCGCCUGGAGUACGCCACCGACGUCCUCAAGCAGCUGCUCUCCGACCUCAUCGAUAAGAACCUGGAGAACAAGAACCACCCCAAGCUGCUUCUCCGGAGGACAGAGUCCGUGGCUGAGAAGAUGCUGACCAACUGGUUUGCCUUCCUCCUGCACAAGUUCCUGAAGGAGUGCGCGGGGGAGCCGCUCUUCAUGCUGUACUGCGCCAUCAAGCAGCAGAUGGAGAAGGGCCCCAUCGAUGCCAUCACGGGCGAGGCCCGCUACUCCCUGAGCGAGGACAAGCUCAUCCGGCAGCAGAUCGAGUACAAGACCCUGAUCCUGAACUGCGUCAACCCUGACAACGAGAACAGUCCGGAGAUCCCAGUGAAGGUGUUAAACUGUGACACCAUCACGCAGGUCAAAGAGAAGAUUCUCGAUGCUGUCUACAAGAACGUGCCCUACUCCCAGCGGCCGAGGGCUGUUGACAUGGACUUGGAGUGGCGUCAAGGCCGGAUUGCCCGGGUCGUGCUGCAGGACGAGGACAUCACCACCAAGAUCGAGGGUGACUGGAAGCGGCUCAACACGCUGAUGCACUAUCAGGUAUCAGACAGAUCGGUGGUGGCUCUGGUCCCCAAACAGACCUCCUCCUACAACAUCCCUGCCUCUGCCAGCAUCUCCCGGACAUCCAUCAGCAGAUACGACUCCUCCUUCAGGUACACAGGCAGUCCCGACAGCCUGCGGUCUCGGGCCCCCAUGAUCACCCCAGACCUGGAGAGUGGGGUCAAGGUGUGGCAUCUGGUGAAGAACCACGACCAUGGGGACCAGAAGGAAGGUGACCGGGGCAGCAAAAUGGUGUCCGAGAUCUACCUGACCCGGCUAUUGGCCACCAAGGGCACCCUGCAGAAGUUUGUGGACGACUUGUUUGAGACCUUGUUCAGCACCGUGCACCGGGGCAGCGCUCUCCCCCUGGCCAUCAAGUACAUGUUUGAUUUCCUGGAUGAGCAGGCCGACAGACACAGCAUCCACGACACAGAUGUGCGGCACACCUGGAAGAGCAACUGCCUCCCCCUGCGCUUCUGGGUGAACGUGAUCAAGAACCCCCAGUUUGUAUUUGACAUCCACAAGGGCAGCAUCACGGACGCCUGCCUCUCUGUGGUGGCCCAGACCUUCAUGGACUCUUGCUCAACAUCAGAGCACCGGCUGGGCAAGGACUCCCCUUCCAACAAGCUGCUCUAUGCCAAGGACAUCCCCAGCUACAAGAGCUGGGUGGAAAGAUACUACGCAGACAUCGCCAAGCUCCCCGCCAUCAGCGACCAGGACAUGAACGCCUACCUCGCCGAGCAAUCCCGCCUGCACGCCGUGGAGUUCAACAUGCUGAGUGCCCUCAAUGAGAUCUACUCCUACGUCAGCAAGUACAGCGAAGAGCUCAUUGGGGCCCUCGAGCAGGACGAGCAGGCCCGGCGACAGCGGCUGGCAUACAAGGUGGAACAGCUCAUAAACGCCAUGUCCAUUGAGAGCUGAGAGGUGGAGCCUCCUGUUCCUGGGAAGAGGGACCCGUGAAAGCUGUCACACUGGGCAUCUCAGAAGGAAGGACAAGUGAAGGGGAUCAGGCCCCAGCGCUUGCUGUCCCCUGAGACCCCCUCCCGGGGAGAGGGGAGGACCCCUCUCCCCACGCCAGCCAAGUGUCGUCACAGCCUGUUCCUGCAGGGAGAGACCGGGGGUGUCAUCCACCCCAUCCCCCCGCGGCGAGGACGAGAGGGACACCAGGACCCGGAGAAGGUGGCUCUUCAAGCUGAGAGGCACGACUGGGCGCGGUUCUGCCUCUGUGACUGCUGCUUUGCAUGAAAACUCAUUCAAUGUAUAUUGGGGAAAUAAUGAGAACUUUAUUUAAUUUUUUUUAAGAAAAAGGAAAACCAGAAAUAAAACAAAACAAAAAGCUUCCCUGUUCA